UUCAACAGUAAAACUGCUACUAGACUACUCAACUACUGCACUAGGUCCAUCUGGCGGUGUCUUGGCGGUUAAAUGGCACGGGGUGCCUCUGGCUCCCCUGUGAGCACUAUGGUGCCUGAGUUAGUUUUAAAAAAAGCUAAAAACUAAGGACACAUUUGGCCUAGAAUAAUUGUUGAUUAAAUUGAAUCAGGAGCAUCCUCCGUCGUCUUGGCAGGGGGCGUUUCGGUGCCCGAGCUCCCCUAAAGAAAAGUGCUGACAUGGAUGGACCAAUUACAGAUGAAGAUGUGAUUGAGAAGGUAUCAUCUUAUGACAUCAGAAAGUUGGAACCCUAUCCUGAGUGUGGAGGACACUUGACAAGAGCUGCUGUUUUACUGCCUUUAACAAUAAGGAAUGGAGAAGUUUUUAUUUUGCUUACAAAACGUUCUGAUAAGUUGAGAAGACAUCCAUCAGCUGUAUCUUUUCCUGGUGGUUUAAGGGAUAAUUCUGAUUCAUCUGAUAUUGUGACUGCACUGAGAGAAGCAGAGGAAGAGAUUGGCUUGUUGUCUUCAAAUGUAAGAGUAAUAGCAGUGUUAACCCUAGGUUUUACAUAUCCUAACACAGCAGUGUAUCCAGUGGUUGGCUUGAUUCCUAGUGACUUUGUUCCAGUUCCUAACCCUGCUGAAGUUGAAUUUGCAUUUUUCAUGUCAUUAAAACUAUUUUUAGAUGAAAACCAUGUUUCAUAUUCAACAUACAAUGUUUUAGGGCGAACAGUUUUAAGUCGUUCAUUAACUUAUUGUGAUGGAAAAAGAUUGGCUAACGUCUGGGGAUUUACAGCUAAUUAUUGCACAUUUAUUGCAAAAGUUAUUUACAAUCAUAAUGAGUUUUUAUCUGUUUUUGAUGAUGUCGAAGAAGAAACUAAGCCUAAAAAAUUAGAUGCUGGGUUAGUGGAUUAUUUUAAUUAUGCUUCAGAAACACUUAAGGCAAAGCUGUAACUAGUGUAACUAUUUUUAUUGAAUGAUAAGUUCAUUAAAAGUAAAACAGAUUUUAAAAUGUUA